AUGCUUCGUAUUGGACAUACAGCUACAAAUGCGGCACCAAUGACAGACGAAGAAGGAAAUUGUGGUUGGAAUUUAGCUAUAACAUAUAUGUUAUCACCAACAUUUGAACCUGAUCGUUCAUGUUUAAAUAAAAUAAGUCAAAUUGAUUUUUCUGGUGCAACAACUAAAAGCAAACAAGCAGCAAUGCAAUAUUUCGGUACUGAUUAUAUUUGUGGAAUAAAUACACCACAUGUAACAAAAAUGAAUAAACCAAGUGAAUUAACAACAAGCAAACCAAAUGAAACAAUAUCCAAUAUAGCUAUCAGUAUAAAAUAUACAUUAUCGAUCUUUAUUUCAAUACUUAUUUUAUAUUUAACAUCGUUUUAA